UAUCUACCUACCACCUAAUAAUAAGGUUAUUCCAGCCUUUUGGUGUUAAACUUGGUCGGACCUCAGCCCGCUCAUCCAACCAUCCCCCCCCCCUACUUUCCCAGGUCAAGAUGGGGGACGAAGAGGUGGGUAACAACUUGAUGCGGGUCAUCCACACCCUGUCCAUGUCCAAUUCCGGUCAACAGCGCGAAGAGGAGAAGCAGAAAUUGCAGCUCAGCUUUCGUCGCACCGACCAAAAUGUUGACCGUAUGAUCAUGGAACACCAAAGGAAUAUUACGCGCGUGAUGCAGCUGCACGCGCGGGUCAGCUCGCGUCUCUCCAGCUCACGCGCCAAAGUGCAAGCUAUUCGGGCCGGCCUGUACGCCUGCCAGGAGCUGCUGCACUACAAGCGUGACGACUUGAAGCGCCAUUGGCUGGAUGGGAUUGAGCAGAAGCACGUGGUGCAGACGCUGCACAAAAUUAAGGACGUCAAGGACCUGCCCGAGCUCAUUGAGUCGCUCAUGGCGCGCGAGCGUUGGCUGAGCGCGGCUCAAGCGCUCACUUCCCAUACUCAGUAUUUAGAUUGCGACCUGCGCCAAGUGGAUGGCUUGAUGGAGAUCAAAGCGGCCAUUGAUCAUAAACGGGAGCUUCUGUUUCAACGGUUGAUGUUGGAUUUGGAUGGCAUUCUGUAUGGGACGGCUAAUAGUGCCAUCUUGCGCCACUAUGUGUCUAAUUUGAACACCAUUGAAGGCGGCGAGGGCGAGCAACGGAAUGUGCUGCGUGAUAAGUUCCUGUAUGACUUGAAGCUCUUGGACGUACUGCCUUUUCGGAGUCGCUUUGGCGCCGAGAUGAAGACGUUGCGGGAGCUGAGUUUUGCGCUGACCGAAGCCAACCGCGAGCUACUGACUCGCCCCAACCAAGACAAGAUGGAGGACGGAGGGCCCAUUGCCAAGAUGAAUGUCUUGGUCGAGUCCUUGGUCGUGCUCGGGCGGAUCAAUGAAUGCGUCGAGCAUCUGUCCGACGAGCGCGAGAGUCGCCUCCGAACCAUAAUCCACCAAUCCACGCAAGCCUUCACUCAACUCCGAGAGCGAUCCGAUUUCUCAUUGCUCCUGCCCUUGUUCUUCUGCGUGGUGGACCAAUACUACACCGUCAUGGAACUCUUUGAGGUCUGGCUGGAGGCCGUCCGACUCUCCACGGCUCGACACAAUGUGUUUGUUACCAAAAAAUUGGACAUGAAGGAUGUCAAAUUCAAGAUGCAUUCCAUGUUGCGGACCUUUCUCUCGGAAUGUUUCGAAUCCAAUGACCAAGCCAAGCUGCGACAUCGCCACGCCCACAGUGACGGUCACACCUCGAGUUCGAACGAGAGUGCCAGUGAGCACUCUGGCGAUCUGUCAUCCUUCUUUUUGCGGAGGCCUCGACCCUUGCGAUCCAGCGGAAAGAAGACCUCAUUGUUCAAGUUUGAUGCCUCCUCCGUGGGCAUGAAUCAGUCGGAAGUCCAGAAGAUCAAGAAUCGUCAGAGCAUCAUGUAUGGUGUGGCUGAGAAAGGUUUGAUCACCACGCGAGAAGAAGAUGAUUUGGGUUUAAAGAUGCUAAAGAACUUGAGUCUCCAAGAGAAACCGCGGAUUCAGAGCACUUAGAGCUAGCACAUGAGCUUCUCAUGAUUGUUUGCUAUUAUUGGCUUGAUCAUGUUCAUGGCAUGGCAUUGUUAAAUGCGUUUAUAGAGUAUAUUUCCAUACCUGCA